AGCCGAGCGUCUCUCGCGUCUUUUGCCGUCUGGGGCUCGGUGCUAAAACUCAUUCAUGAAGGACAACGAAAAAUAUGUCCUGUACCGCUUCACCGGACACCCGGUCAGCGGCGUCAACUGGAGACCGACGCGGCUGGUCGACGACGUGCCUGAGGUGCGCAAAUGCCGCGUUUGUGAACUUAUUCCGAAGAAGAUAGUGAGGUUGCCAUGUAAGCACUUUUUGUGCGAGUACUGCCUCGACUGCGCCUCCCAGUCUGGCAGCGGGCUGUGCCCCGUGGAUCGCACGACCUUCAAGGUAGCGAAGUGCGCAGUCAUAAGCUUCCCCGCCAAGAAAGCCAACCGCUUGAAAGUUUACUGUUGGAAUCACAGAUCGGGCUGCGAGUUCAAGGGCCCCAUUGAGGAUCUUCUGCAGCACUACGAGAACGAUUGCGUCUUCCACUUGCUGCGUUGCGAAACAGGAAGGCACUGCCUGCCACGCGAACUCGCUGUAGAGCACUUCAUUAAUAUGUGUGACAAGAGACUUCCAUGUUCCGAGUUGUAUCACUCGGCCUUGCAAACUACACCAGCUGCUUCUGCAGAUACCAGCGUCUAUGAGGACCGUUCGCAAACUACAGCUCCUGCUUCUGCAGAUACCAGCGUUUAUGAAGACCGCUCGGAAACUACAGCACCUGCUUCUGCAGAUACCAGCGUCCAUGAGGACCACUCGACAACUACAGCUGCUGCUUCUGCAGAAACAAGCGUCAACGAUAACCGCUCGCAUACCACAGCUACUGCUUCUACAGAUGCCAGCGUCAACGAGAACCGCUCGCCUACUACAGCGGCUGCUUCUGUAGAUACCAGCGUCAAUGUGGAACACGAUAAGGCGCAAUUAAGAGACGUUCUCAAAGAAAUCCAGCUGUCUGCACUUCAGGACCAGAUGGCUGUGCUCAUAAAACGUGUCGCUUAUCAGCAUGCCGUACUAAAGGAAGUCAUUGACGGGCAAAAACUAGUAGCGCUUACUCUGAGGGAUACCCUGACCGAGGUCGUAACAAGAGCAAUUUCCGAAAGUUUUCCGCGACAGCCGAAGUCAAAAAGUUUCACGGAUGACGACGCCACAUCGUCGGCCCUGUCACUGUCCUCGGAGAAGGUAGUCAUACUUAGAAAGCUUGAACAUUACGCCAACGUAACGCUCGGCACUCUCGAAGAGUUACGUCAGAACAUGCGUCAAUUUGAUCAUCCUGCUGUAAUUGCUCGUU